UGAUUUGCUCAAUUCUAUCGUACAGAGAAUUUACUUAAUGGAGAUUUUCCUUAUUAUGCUCUUCAUUAUAUUGGAUUUUCUUUAUGUGUUUCACGUUUCAACGUUAUUGAAAAAUAUAAGCCGAUUAAUCGAAUGUAGCUUUUACAUUGCAUGCUCUAUAUUUGUUACAUUUAUUAUUUUUUAUCUUGGACAAAUGCUCAUUAAUCAUAGCGUAAAGGCACACGAUGAACUUUGUAAAAUACCCUUCUACAUUCUUUCAAUCAGAGUUCAAAAAUUGCUAUUAUUUAUGAUAUUAGCAAGUUCGAAGCCAUGCGUGCUUUCAAUCGGAGGAAUAUUCGUAUCGUCACAUGUAAUAUUCGCUGGGUUAAUGCAAAAAGCAUUUUCGUUCGCAUCGAUGUACCGCAGUAUACAUUAAUGUCAUUUCAUUUUGUCCAAUAAAAAUCUUUAGAGUAUC